UUUCUUUUCUUUUUCUCUCUAUAUAUCAAAUUUUGUCUUCAUUUUGCUUCUUCCCUCCAUCUUUACAAUUCCAUCAUUACCUCCCUCUCUCUCUCUUUUUCUUCCUGCUUUGGAACUUCUUCUCUAUUACAGGUUCUUGAUUCUGGUCUCGUAGUUUCUGCGUUUUUUGGGUUAAAUACGAGACACGGGAUUUUCUUGAUUAGCUGUUCAAUUAAAUCAAGAACCGUCCCGAUUUAAGAGAAGAAGUUCGAAGCAGAUAGAGAAAAAUAUAUUAAAUGUCUCCUGUUUCAUUGCCUCCUGGUUUUCGUUUCCACCCUACUGACGAGGAGCUUGUUGCUUACUACCUACGAAGGAAGAUCAAUGGACAUAAGAUUGAAUUAGAAGUCAUUCCUGAAGUUGAUCUUUAUAAGUGUGAGCCAUGGGAUUUACCAGGGAAGUCACUGUUACCAAGCAAAGAUCUAGAAUGGUAUUUCUUCAGUCCUAGAGAUCGUAAAUACCCGAAUGGAUCGAGGACGAAUCGUGCUACUAAAGCCGGAUAUUGGAAGGCAACAGGCAAGGAUCGAAAGGUUAACUCACAAAUGCGUGCAGUAGGUAUGAAGAAAACCCUAGUUUACUAUAGAGGUAGAGCUCCUCAUGGUGCUAGAACAGGUUGGGUAAUGCAUGAAUAUCGCCUCGACGAACGAGAAUGCGAAAAUGCUUCCGGCCUUCAGCUGCAGGAUGCAUACGCACUAUGCCGUGUGUUCAAAAAGAGUGCAAAUAUUCCAAAGAUUGGGGACCAAUAUGCAUCAACAUCAAAUAAUCAAAUGACAAGUGAGCAUUCUUCUAGCGUUGAGCAUUAUUCUGAAGGAAGAUAUGAAGAUUUUGAGACUUCAAAUUAUCCCAUGCAAAUGGACACAUCUUCCUUACCCAACGUCCCAACUGGAUCAUCACCUCUUCAUCAUCAUAAUCAUGCUGAUCAUCAAUCUAGAGAUUUUGGAAAUUGGAAACAAUUCUUAUCAGAUGAUCCUUAUAGCUUCUCAUCUUCUUCAUCAUUCCCAAAUUCUGGACCCCUUCCUUAUCCACCAUCGAAGGUUGAUAUAGCAUUAGAAUGUGCAAGAUUGCAGCAUAGAUUUACCGUACCUCCAUUGGAGGUGGACGAUUUUCCUCAAGUCGGAUUUACGGACAUGAAAAUGAUGCACUCUACUUCCAUGCACGAAGCCUCAAAUCAAACUGAUAUUCUUCAGGAAAUUCUUUCAGUUGCUCAAGCAUCUAAAGAACUGAUUCAAGACACUUGGGCCGGAAAUUAUUCUAAUUCUGAUAAUAAUGAUUUCACUUUCAUAGCUGAUAAAGAUGUUCAUGGAAAUUUCUAUAAUGACAUGAAUUCAAUGAGAUGCAUAGACAAAUCAUGGGCGGAUCCUUCUGUGCGAUCUGUCGAGAUCGGAAAUCUGGAUGAGAAUUUUAAGAAUGACAGAAUUAUAGAAAACUUGAGAUGGAUAGGGAUGUCAAAUGAAGAACUUGAGAAGAGUUUUAUGGAGGAUCACAAAGUUGUCCCCAUUGAAAAUAUUUCAAAUUUUCAGAGAAGAGAAGAGCAUGAUAUUCAAGGAGAUAAUGUGCAUAAUAAUCAAGAAGACUGCAUGGGAUUCCAAGACACAGAUGAUUAUUCACUAGAGUUCAUCAACGAUGAUGCUAAUGCAAACUUUGAUUUAGCAAGUUCUCCAAGCUUUGAAGUUGUUGAAGAGAUCAAAGUUAAUCACGGAAUGUUCGUUUCGACUCGACAAGCAUCGGAAACUUUCUUUCACCAAUUAGUUCCUUCUGAGACAGUUAAGAUCCAUCUAAACCCGGAAAUAACUCAGAAUUUCUCAAUACAGAAAUUAGAAAUGCAAGCACAAGAGCCAAGAAUCAGCAAAUCAAUUCAAGCUUGGAAGAAAAUUGGAAGAUCAGUCAUUUAUAUGAUUGUUAUUCUGUUGAUGCAUUGUUUUUAUGUGGGGAAUGAAAAAUUGAUGGAAAGUGGAAAUCAAGAACAGACAAUGGGUUGCCCUAGAAAUUUCAAGAACAAGAAACUUGGAAUGCAAGAAAAGGAUUUGGUGGUGACUAUAAGAGGUGGGAAUAAAUUUAGUGUGUUUCUCAAGAAGUUAGGGCUUUUUCUUACCAUUUCUUUGGCUCUUUGUACCAUGUGGGUUAACCAUGUCAUACUCAAUUCUUGAGUUUUUUUUUUCAUUGUCUUGUUUCUUUUUUUCUUUUCUUUUUUUGCUAACAAUAUACAUAUUUUAAUUUGGAGGGUCAAAAGAAUUGGAGGGUAGAAAUAGUCCUUCUGCAAUGUUUGAAGGAAAAUUCCUUCUUAUAUAUUUGUAUUGAUGUAUACUUAUACAUGUAACUAAUAAUCAUAAUUGAAUUAAUGGACUCUUUUUUCUUUUUGA